UCCGCUUAUCGCGCUAGCGGUAUAGCGAGGGAAUAUCGCUCAGCGUAGAAUUGACUUACACUAAACAUGGCGGAGAAGUCGGAUACAAGUGGCUCUCGUGUGGUGGUGGUCGCUCUUGAUGGCAGCGAGUUUUCAGAGUAUGCCUUUAAUUGGUAUAAAGAGAACGUUCACAGGGCGGACGACUUCGUGAUCGCUGUACACUCCCCUGAGUAUCAACACUGUCUCAGCUCAGGCCAUGCCCGUCCGGACAUCAAGCAGGUGGUGGAACAGAUGGAGCAGGAACAAAAGAAGAAGAACAAGCUGCUGGAGGGAUUCAGCGCCCUGCUCACUGACGCCGGGAUGACAGGCAAGGUGAAGAGCGUGAUCGGCAGUCCAGGGGAGGUAAUCGUGCGUAUUGCCGAUGAAGAAAACGCCAGCCUGAUCGUCACUGGAGCGCGUGGGGUGGGGAAGAUACGGAGGACGCUUCUCGGCAGUGUCAGCGACUACAUCGUGCACCAUUCUCACGUUCCUGUUACAGUGUGCAGGCGGUGACGUACUUCCUGUCUCGUCAUUACUGAAGUAUAACUAUGUGAGACCGCUUGUUGUUAUGGGAGACACAGGAUGAAAUUACAUCCCUGCAGGAUGUUUAGAUUUUAGUUGAUGUAUGUUAGAAUUGCCCGUGAUAAAUAAACAGGAAUAUAUGCCAUCAAUAUUCUGUCAA